UAUAAAAAUUAUUUCUCUACGAAAAGCCUACGGUAAAAUUAAAAAAAAAACAACGGUAAAUGGUUUUGAAGCACAUAUAAUGUAACUCGAAGCGUUGUGUAAUGUAAAAAUAUAUAUUUUUAAAGCACGUUUAACUAAAAAACUCCAACUAUAAUAAUUAUCGACCGAAACAUCAAUGGAUGUGUUUGCUAAAAAGUGCAAAGUCGAGAGCAACGACGAGUUGGGCAGAUAUGUUACAGCAGCUGUGGACAUCAAAGCCGGCGAAACUUUUUUGCUAGAACAGCCGAUAUUGUUGUUGGCUUUGAGCGGCGAGCGACGUUGCUCAAAUUGCCUGAAAUUAACGACACAAUUUUGCAGCACCUGCCGCGUCUUUGCACUCUGCGACAAUUGUGCGUCCCACAAUGAAUACGACUGCCGUUUGCUUGCCGCCAUGAAAGAUUUACGCAUUGAAUUACUUACAGAGAAUCCUAAUACUUAUGGACUGCUCAAAUGUCUGCUGCUCCGUGAGGAUCCGGAAAACGCUUCAUACUACGAACGGUUACUACAAAUGGAAUCGCAUUUGGAAGAGCGGCGCGGCAGUGAAAUAUGGCAAGAAUUGCAAAAGAACGUCGUCCAACCCGUGCUCCAAGCGGGCUUGACAAAACAUCUGAAGGACGGUCAGAGUGUCGACGAAAUGUUGCUGCAAAAAAUUUUAGGCAUUAUUGAUGUAAACUGCUUUGAGAUACGUGCGCCCGAUGAAGGUCAGCUGCGCGGCCUGUAUCCACGUACGGCGCUUAUGGCGCACAGUUGUGUAGCCAAUGUACAGAUUAGUAAUGAUGAAAACUAUCUGAUGAAAGUAUUCACUACACGCGAUGUGACGCAGGGAGAACCAUUAUAUAACUGUUAUACAAAUGUGCUGUUGGGAACCGAUGAGCGGCGUCACCUACUAAAGGAGGGCAAGUAUUUCGACUGUAAAUGUGAGCGUUGUGAGGAUGCCACCGAGCUGGGCUCACAUAUGAGCAGUUUUAUGUGUGCUCGUUGUGCUGAGAAUAAGCGUACUGGAUACAUUGUCAAGAUAAAGAAGGAUCCAACAACAGAAGCGAUACCGUUACAAAAAUCAGCGAAAAGUGCGGCCGCCAAGCAGUUAUGGACCUGGAAAUGUCAGGAGUGUGAACACACCCUAACGCCAGAUACUGUACAACAACUAAUCGAACGUGCCAAAGAGGAAAUGUUCCACGCAAAAGAGGAUAUCACGCGUUAUGAGCUACUGCUUUCGAAACUCACACGCUUUUUUCAUCCCAAUCACUAUCUUUUGUUGGAUAUAAAACAGAAUAUAGCGGCUAUUUUGCGCUCAAUACUGCAGAAUUUUGCACUACAGCCCGGCCGUCGGGUAUAUGAACGCAAAGUGCGUCUCUGCCAGGAUAUAUUCGGUGUGUUGCAAAUAAUUUUACCAGGUAUUUCACGCCUGAAAGCAAUUGUGCUCUACGAAAUGGCGAAUACACUUGCGGAACUGCAUCGAAUGCGUUACGACCAGAAGGAGCUCCAGAAGACGGAGUUGGUGGAACACCUUAAACGUGUUGAAAUGAUGCUACGCGAAUCGGUACGCAUGCUGCUUUACGAACCGCCUGAGACACCAGAGGGUCAAAUGACUAAGAGCAUAUUGAAGGAGAUAAAGGAUCUGCAGAACGAUGUAAAAUAUUUGGUGGAAAACUAAAUGUAAAAUGCAAGAAUUUUGUAAAUAUAAAGUAAUCAGAAUAAAUGUAAAAUACAGCUACAUUUAAGAGUUGCCAACA